UCCGAGAUCCACGUGUUGUUUAUCGCUGUCUGGUUCCUAGACCGCAAAGAUCCCGGCUGCGUUCUAUCUCCUUUCCGUUCAAUGUCCAACUCGUACUCGACUCGUCGACGGUAUACGGGAGGAAAUCGGAACGUGUGGCUAGUCUGGACAAGUGACGUACAUGUACUUCUGAACACGACCAGAUGAGCGCCAGUCCUAAGUUUUUUUAAAAGCUAACUACUUGAUACACCUGGUGAUCACAGUGAACCAGUCAUGUCAGGUGUACUAGAUGAUAUUGGAAGAAGUCUGUUCACUGUGUGGAGCCAACUGAGGUAUGAACACCUGGUGGCAGGCGUCACUGGCGGCAUCACAUCGACACUUAUUCUCCAUCCGUUAGACUUGAUCAAAGUCAGGUUACAGGUUAAUGAUGGCCAUACAACUCGUCCGACUUACCAAGGCCUAGUUCAUACUUGCCAGCAAGUCAUCAGACAGAAUGGAUGGAGAGGGCUUUAUCAAGGAGCCGUACCCAAUGUCUGGGGAGCUGGGGCAUCUUGGGGACUGUACUUCUUCUUCUACAAUGCCAUAAAAGCCUACAUGCAAGAUGGGAGACCAGAACCGCUCGGGCCAGGCUCACACAUGCUAGCAGCUACACAGUCGGGUAUUUUAACGUUACUGAUAACCAAUCCGCUGUGGGUGACUAAGACGCGUCUUUGUCUCCAAUAUGAAGGAAUGAGUAAAGGCGUACGGCUACAUACAUCACAAGGUGCCAAGUACAUGUACAAAGGUAUGUUGGAUGCACUGUGGAAGAUCAGUCGACAUGAAGGCAUACCAGGACUUUACAAGGGUUUGAUACCAGGCCUUUUUGGUGUGUCACAUGGGGCUCUUCAAUUCAUGGCUUAUGAAGAAUUGAAGAAGCUUCGACAAAGGGUUGGGGAUGAAUCAAGCAGCACAAAACUUAGUUCACUGGAGUACAUCGUCUUCGCUGCACUAUCCAAGAUGUUUGCUGUGGUCACAACUUAUCCCUAUCAAGUUGUCAGGUCACGGCUACAGGACCAGCAUCACACGUACAAUGGUGUCUUAGAUACAAUCCUGAAGACAUACAGACGCGAGGGCUGGAAAGGGUUUUACAAAGGCCUUUCUGCAAAUCUGCUGCGAGUUGUUCCUGCGUGCUGCAUCACCUUUGUGGUGUAUGAAAACAUCAGCCACAUGCUAGCUUCACAGAAUCUGCACUCAAGCUGAAGAUCUGGAAGAAACGGACUGAAUGCCACAAGUCGACACGUUGGAGCAGCUACAUGUGUGGAAGUGUACUGCUUCCGUGAACAAGCAGUUCCUGUGUAAACUUCACUUGCUGUUUGCAAGAUGUCCAUUUAUUCAUCUUGAUUUUACUCCAAAGUCUUAUAAUGAACAUUCAAAAACAGCUUACUUGAGAAUAGAAUAUUUCACAUGUGUAUCUUUUAUUCAUCCUGAUAAAAAUUAAUUGUUGAUUGUUUAUCAUUGUUACAUAUGCAGUAUAAAUUAUACCAUGUAGUAAAAAUCCAUUUGAUUGGACAUUAAUUUCUGAUAAAUCAUUGAAGAGGUAUGAAAAUCAGUGCAUAAAUUGUUAAUAAAAAUGUGAUAUCAGUACCUUACAAUCUAUGGAUGGUGAACACAAUAUAACGAAGUUUUCUUUUUACUUUGGUGGAUUUUCAUGAUGUUGGAUGUGUUAUUUUAAUAGAUUGGACCCAAAACACGAGAGGGAAAAUGAGAAAGUGAUGAAUGCAGAUAUUUUCUAUCAUAAAUGUUGCCUGGAAGUGCCACAGCUGGUAGGAUUUUGCGGGCCAGCUAAAGUGUAAAGCUAAUAGGGUUAUUUUCCUUUCUGAAGUGGUACCCAUGGGUGAUAAGGGAGUACCCCCCUGUAAAAGAAAAGGCUGAAAUACGAAGAAGGGUAGAAAUGUGAAAGAAAUGAGAAAAGAGAUGAAAAGGAUCUUAUCAUGUAAAUCUUCAAUUUGCAUGCAAAAAAAUAAAAAUUGACACCCAUUUACUAUUAAUGGUUCAUCAGUUCACUGCUGAUGAAUGCUUCACUCCCCCCUCCUGAAAUGUUUCCUCCCUAGAAAAAGUAACCCCCCCCCAAAAAAAGGAAAAGACAUCCAUGGUGUUAUCACUGUAAGAUGCUUUCACUUUUAGCAAUCUUGAUUGGUUGGGUUAGCAAGAGGAACCAUGCAUGGCCCCCAAUUCUGUCCUGCAUUUGUGAUAUUUGGAGCAUAGUGCUCUGACAGCCCCCCCCCCAUGCUUUGGCUCCGCCUUGUUUGGGGAUGGAAAUGAUAUGAGUUCUACGUGUAUUUCUGAAGACACAAUAAACCACAGAGCAAUAUGUCCAGCAGCCAAUAAAAAAAUGUGUAGCCUUUUUCAUGUGACUUGAUAUUGAGAGGCUUUUAAAUGGGCAGAACCACUGUUCGCACUCAUUUUAAUAAAUGUAAAAAACAAUGAAAAAUUAGAAUUUAUUUUAAAUCCUGUAUAAAAGGUUUAACAUUUCCACCUUUUGGGGGGAAGGGGUACAAUUAUGGUUGCUACUUGUAAUUUUUUUUACUUGAGCAACAGUAAAAGUUAAUAAAAUUGUGGCUGAAUAACCAAGCCUGUUCCUUUCAUGAA